CAACAUUGCAUAUGUUUGUUUUUUGAUUGACCAGCCACCCAUCUUAUCUGGGAAUGCCGUGACCACGAGGUGUCACGGACAAGUCACCGUAUUCUCUUUCCCCUCAUUCCAUCAAAGCGAUCGCUCAAGUGUCCUACUCUCGUCGUGCCCGACGGCCAAACGAAUGUCGCUCCCCGAGGAACUUGCAAGCGAACGUCCAUACCGGUCCCGCAAGAGCCGGCCUUGCGAUAGGUGUCGCUCGCGUAAACAGCGGUGCAUAACGAAGCCGAGUGGGACGUGUUUGAAUUGCCAGAUAUCCGCGGUAGCUUGUACGUUCGACUCGCCAGCGGCGGCGGAUCUUCCUCGGCCCCGAGUUAAGAAGCCCCCGGGUGAGGCCAAGUCAAGGAACGGCGGAGCGGGAGCAGGAGGAGCAAGCGGGUCGGGUGGAGGCGCGAUGGGCAUGUCGUCGGGCGGGAUCCCGUUGUCGCCCCAGAGCAUGGAGGCGGGCUCAAGCAGGGCAGCCCAGCAGCACCCUUUCAGCGGAGCUUCGCAUGGUGGCUCUAGCACCUAUCCCAGGAGCCCGUCCCUCUCCAUGCCUGGACCCGUAUCCCCAGUGAAGCUCGAGACGCAUCUCAACUCCCUUCGUGACGUCAAUGCCGGGACGCCUCUUACGUCUUCGUCGUCGUCGUCCCACCUCGAUCUGGGCGGCGCAUUCUCGAAUAUCAUGCUCAACUGGGAUCCACCCUCGUACCUGAGCCAGGGGAUUAACCAGCUGUCGAUCCGGGAGGAGGAAGACUGUCGCGCACUAGACUCAGACGCGGAUGACGAAUUCGAACCCCACUAUGUAGGCAGGACGGCUGAACGAGACGCGCUCGUCCUCAGCGCGAUCGCCUCAGUGCGAAACUCAUCGAGCUCUGGUCGGCCCACGACCCCAGCCCAGGCUAACUUCCGGGUGCGGCAAGUUUCCACGAACCAACAGGAGCCGAUCUAUUUUCUGUUCGAACCCCCGCGACCGUAUGGAGAAGACACAGUCGGCAGCUACACGAGUGAAGAGCUUGUCAGCCUGUUGGGCCCCAACAACAUCCAACGUCUUCUCCGCAAUUACCUCAAUAUGGACGGCGCGGCAGUUCCGAUCUGGCGUGCGACAGAUUUUGCCGAAAACCCCCAGAAGCGGCUACCUGCAGGCUUGUUCUGCGCCUAUGUUACGCGCGGCGUGAUAUAUGACGAUCAGCUUCGAUCUCUUGCUCCGCAGGCUUGGAAAAUUACGACGCUGACAAAUCGUGCGCAGUCACGCAGUGCGCGAGUCUCAACCAUCCAGGCCAAUCUGCUGGAUUUGGACGGAAGACCUUCGUUGAAUCCAACUGGGAACUCUCUGCUGCUGGGCCAGACUAUUGCCGCUGCCAGACUGAUGGGGCUGCAUCUGGAUUGUACCACAUGGUCGAUACCCAAUUGGGAAAAGGCUCUUCGCGUGAAACUGUGGUGGGCUGUUUUGCAGCAAGACAAAUGGGCUGCUCUUUGCUACGGUCGCUCGAGUUACAUCCACCGAAAUGACUGGGAUGUUCCUCUACCUCCAUGCGAAACGACCAACGACUAUGUCUUUGUCGCACAAUGCGAACUGACAUUGAUCUUGGACGAAAUUCUGUGCGAAGUUGAUGUGCAGCGCCGGCCUGCCGGGGAGAUAUUCACACCGCGAGACAUUGUCCAGCGCUUGACCCAGUUUGGCCUUGAUCUGGACUCGUGGAAGCGCAGGUUUGACUCGAUGGGGCGGUCUCACAAUGGAUAUCUUCCACCCGGAUUUCGUUCACUGAACCUUUCUUAUCUUGGUGUGGCGCUGCUACUCGUUCGGAGCGUCCAAGAUAUGGAACUUCCGCCCAAUGCUGCACACUCUGCACACGAGAGUGCUCUGAAGAUUGCGGAAGAGGUUGUGACUUUUACGUCGAAUCUGACUGCUGAUGAUCUUCGCGGUUAUUUUACAACCUUCUCUGCGUUCCACUUUUCGACCUGUUUGAUGCUCCUCAUCAGACUUGUCCUUCAAGCUGAUCCGUCGGAUCAUUCCGAUGGCGCACGGCAUCGGAUCCUGCACCUUUUGCGGGUGUUCAUCUUCUCUCUAUCGGAGGCCAGGCAGACCGUCCCUGCGUUCGAGCUCGCGGAUCUGGCUCUAGCACGUGCCCGGCAUCUGCUUCCGUUGCUUGCCAAGAAUACCCCGGAAUUCGCGCUCGCCCUAGAUCCUUUAGGGUGCGAAAGUCGAACCUGGUUCCUGAUUUCUGAUCCUCACUCGCGCUUAGACCCCCAGUCGAAGACACCCUGAGCACGAUGCCGGAUAUUCCAUCCCCGAACAUGCCUGCGAAUUACUCCACGCACGAUCACAAUGUGCUGUGGCCUGAAAGUGGGUCAGGAUUGGCUGCCUUCUUUCCAGAGGUGACGCAGCCCGACUGGGUCUCGUUCCGUGACUACAUCCACCCGCUCUACUCCCAGAUCGUACCUAACGGGGGUUCGUAUAUGUAAUUUUCACGACUGCCUCCGAUCUGGCUCGAACCGUCGUCCUCUCUCUCUUCUGCUCUUCGCUGUUGUCGUUUUUCUUCCAGGACUGUUUUCCGAUGUAAAGUAUGCUACCAUCUCAAGCUUCGAUGUUUGUUAUACAUGUACUAGACCAAGGUACUUUUUGGGCUAUCAAUACCGGGUAUUUAUUGUUAAAUACUGAAUUUAGUACGUACACGGAAUAUGUGGCUGUAAAGUAUUGUAAUCCCACGAGUUCGUCCGAUCCCUCCCUGGUCCGGCUAGCCUGUGGUUGCGGAUCUUGAUCGGACAUACGGAACCAAGAAGGGCAACGUGCAAGACGCGGUUGGCUCCGCUGAGUCUGUGCGUAAUAAUAGCCUUUGCCUCUGCGUGGGAACGGAAUCAGCCCCAGCGCGCGGACGAGAAGGCGAGCGUGUCCGCAAUCCGGCCCUCUGGGCCACGCACGACAUAUCCGGAGCACGAUGCUAUGUAAGACAGUGCGGUACUCGGAGCUGGAAGCCAAGGUCCAUCUUCUCAUGGUUGUCACGGCAGUUUUUUUUUCACGGACAUAGCACGGACUAGAUCGACGGCCGGAAUCAGCGAUCUGUGAUUUGCGAGUCGGGAUCUUUGAUGACUUGCUUAGGCUAGUCAGCGCUUUGCGCAUUGUAAGUACUGCAGGAUCAUUCCGGUGCAAAGCAUCGAUCAACUACGUCGAUACCGCGCCAUGUCGAACUGCCACAUGGUCGAGUCCAAGCCAAGAUGACUGCUGAUCCUGACCAAGGUUUGAG